GAAAAUAAUGGCGACCUGGCGUGACAUGGCGCGGCCGUUACGGCGGCUGAGGAUAUCACAAUUAUCGACACAACGAACACCAAGCUGUGCACGAAGAUGGUAUUCAGAACAAGCUGCCGCAGCGGCGUCGGCUGAGCCAUCACCACUCGAUGACCUCGAACCGGACUCGUCAUUAGGAGCACCAGGCCCGACGCCAGAGCAUCUGCAGGAGUACACGGCCCCGUGGAAACGUGCACGGGAGAGGAAGCAUGAGCUCCCAGCUAGCAAAUACCAAUACCACCCGCCCAAGUUCGACCGCGGGCCCCUCCACCCCAUUCAAUCGCCUCCCUCCUCCGACCCUAUAGCCCGUGACUAUCAACCGGGACCCUUCUACUUUCCUCGGCUCAAGGAGACAUGGCAGUCGACGAUCGCGCCCGACCUGAUGACCCUCGCCUACCAGCACAAGCCCCCAGGCGAGCAGAAAGAAGAGCGCAUCGGCCAGCGGCUGCGAGGCUGGGACGGUUCCUCCCCAUACCACAAGAAUCGUCCGCUGCGAGGACCUAGAGGCGGCACGACGCUGCGACCGGUCGAGCGAGACAUCACGUUCAAGAACGUGCCCGAGAUCCUGGCCGUCUCGAUGUCGACCUUCCAGCCGCAGGCGAUCAAGGAACCAACCUAUCUGCUGGCAGCACGUUCGGCUAUACAGGCGGUCAUGGGGGCGAAGCCAGAGAUCAUCCGCAUCAACAAGGGCGUAUCGCAGUGGGGGAUCGCGAAGGGCAACCUGGCGGGCGCCAAGGCGACCGUCUACGGGGAGCAGGCGUAUGAGCUGCUGGACAAGAUGAUCCACCUCGUCUUUCCAAGAAUCAAGGAAUGGCCGGGCGUCAACGCGGGCUCAGGCGAUGACACGGGAAAUAUCGGGUGGGGGUUCACACGAGAGGAGUUUGCGCUGUUCCCAGAAAUCCAGGUCAACUAUGAUGCUUACCCGCCAAAGAUGAUCCCUGGAGCUGUCGUCACCGUCCAGACGACUGCCAAGUCGGAUAGACAUGCGAGGUUGCUUCUGCAGGCCAUGGGUGUGCCAUUCUACGGCAAGUUCGAGUAUUAAAAGGGACGGAUGGACGGACAUGUCGAGAACUCAUCCAAGGCAUCGGCAGAAUAUUGUACAGCAUCAUGUCACAUACCAUAGUUAGAGGACCAAGAGAUACCUGGGGCAAUGAAGCAAAUAUGUCGCAUUCGUG